AGAACGAUCCAUCCUGUGAAAUAUUUGCAGGAUCAUCUGGAACAAAAUGUUCGGACAGAUGGUAGGAAAUUUUUGUCAUUUCGAUCAGUAAGUGUAAAUGUCUCAUCAAUCGUUCAGGCAGACAGCUCAGCGAUAUUUAAAUUAGGUGACACAACUGCAGUUUGUGGUAUUAAAGCUGAAUUGGCGGCACCGAAAGCAGACACUCCGGAUCACGGUUACAUAGUACCAAAUGUGGAAUUAUCUCCUCUCUGUUCUUCAAAGUUUCGUCCAGGCCCACCGAGCGAACAGGCACAGGUGCUCUCUAAAUCGAUAGAUAUUAUUUUGAGUAACUCAGCAGCACUUGACUUAAAAGAUCUUUGCAUCUGUAAAAGUAAAUUAGUAUGGGUAUUAUACUGUGAUAUCCUAUGUCUGAAUUACAAUGGUUCAGUUAUAGAUGCUUGUACUGGAGCAUUGAUGGCAGCUCUUAAAACGUUGACCUUACCUGAGGUGAAUUACACUAAAGAGACAGCACUAACUAUCGUAAAUCCAAAAAAUAGAAAGAAGUUUACUGUAAGAACAUUACCAAUUUCUACAUCAUUCGCAGUAUUUGAAAAACAAUUAUUAGUAGCUGAUCCAACAGAUGAUGAGGAAGAUUUGUCAUCAGGAAAAUUUUCUAUUGUGAUGGACGAUAAGGAAAAAAUGUGUUACGUACAUAAACCUGGUGGAAUUCCAAUCUCUCAGAAUUUACUUUCCAAAGGAUUGGAAAUGGCGAAAACAAGAGCAAAGUUAGUCAGAUCGGUAAUCAACGCCGCUAUUUCAACACUGAAUGUAAAAGAUGAGGAAAUAAAUACUUGA